GGAAUGUGGAGCUCGUCCGCGAUUUGACCGAAUGGUCCCGACUUUUCUGUGGGCUUCGGCUGGGCACCAUGAUGCUACUCCGCUCGAAGCAGCCCUGAGGCCAAACCGGAAGGGCUCGUGUGAUUGUCCCCCGUACCUGACGUCGGGGUACAAAUACCACAUCGCGCAUGCAGAUUUUCAGUUACGUCUCCUCGGCGACCGCUUCACUGUCACUCCCUGUAUACUAUGGCCGGAUCCCCUGUACACAGACAUCCCGCGCCCCAUGCGCACUCCCGCCGUCGCCCCGGCUUGGUGAAGGUGCACCAUACGUGGCACGGAGAAGUCCCAGACCGGACUCACUUUGAGGACUUCAUGCGAGAAAUUGGUGUCAAUGCUGAGGAGCUACACCCGUGCUGUAUGCCACGGCCAGGUAAACUAAACUUGUGUUGGGUUUCGGAACGAGAGGCUGAACGUGUACCCGUUCGAUACACAGUAGUCAAGGAAUCCAGGCGUAUCCGCUCUAUGUCAGAGCCAAGCGCUUCGACAGCGCCACAUGAAAACGUCGCUCUCACAUCCCACCCGGCGACAGAUCGCGGGCGAUCUGUAACUAUUCGCCGCCAGUCACUCCCCGUUACCGCCAAACGUCCGCUCUCUCCCCCGGCUAUCUCGUCUUCUAGGAGGCCAUCGCCGCCUUCGCGCGUUGCGAGUGUCAUCUCCCGUGGCGGAGAAGAAGCAGAACGCACUCCUGCGCCGCCGCAGAAGGCCCCGCCUCUCAUUGCACUCUACACCCAAAAUCACGGCGCCUCAUACCUCUGCACAUCCGUGUCAGCUGACCAGGCCCUUCGCAACUCGAUGCGUGCCACGCUGGUGCGUGAAGUCCCACGCGAAUCUGUAGCUCCGGCACACGUCCAGGACCAGGAGCUCUGGGAGCCCCUUCCCCAGUGCCCGGCACUCGUCCCCAGCAAGCGUCCACCGCCGUCCUCUAGGAACCCCACAAAGCCAAACCUUAGUCGUGUACCCUCUUUCGCGUCCCUCGAGACCGUCUCCUCUUCCGAGGGACCGGAGACACCACGAGGCCACUCGCCUCUUCAUUCACCUUCUCAUAUGCUGAGCCCCACGCUCUCGAACCUGGAACAGAAAUCCCGCCUGCGCGUGCCGGGGCAAUGCGUCGCGUGCAAACGGACCGGGCACAACUUCCCGAGCUGUCCCGCGUGCGGAGACAUGUGGUGUUCGAGGGAGUGUCGUAUCCAAGCUACCGCGGGUAGAAAGCACGUCUGCCCCAGCAGGAAGGACACUCAUAGUUCUGAGGCCACUUCCAGCGUAUCGCUGGAGGUCGUUGCCGACAGCUGAGAUACGCUUUAUCUUCUCGGUAUAUAAAUGUCCGUUUUUAUCGCGUAUGCACAAGAACAAGAACAAGAUGCAUGGAUAGAUUAUUGCUUAAGACGUAUAUACCCUGUAUCAUGUUAUCUUUGUCUCCGCGCUCCUCGUGGCGCUGUGUAUUGUAUUGUAACCUUAUACAAGAUCCUCACGUCCUGUUCUGAAUGGGGUGGCAACCGUGGCUUGGUGACGCUAAGAAUGCAGGAGCUAGAAGCUGACAAGAGGACAGCUGUGCAGCGGAUCAUGCAACGACCAACACCUGACCUGC